AAACCCAAGGACCAAGCUUGGAAGGCAGAUAGCUUGUCUCCCUCCUUCCCAACUGCACCAUCCUACCCCAAUCCUAUCUCAGUCCUAUCAAUGGGGAGGUCUCCUUGCUGCGAUGAGAAUGGCCUCAAGAAGGGCCCUUGGACCACUGAAGAAGACCAAAAGCUCACAGAGUACAUCGUAAAGAAUGGCCAUGGGAGCUGGAGAGCACUGCCGAAGCUUGCAGGACUGAACAGGUGUGGCAAGAGCUGCAGGCUGAGAUGGACGAACUACCUGAGGUCAGAUAUCAAGAGAGGGAAGUUCACCCCUGAGGAAGAACAAACCAUUCUCCAGCUCCACUCCGUCCUUGGCAACAAGUGGUCAGCCAUCGCAAAGCACCUCCCCGGACGGACGGACAAUGAGAUCAAGAACUUCUGGAACACACACCUGAAGAAGAAGCUGAUCCAGAUGGGCUUCGACCCGAUGACACACCGACCAAGAACCGACUUCUUCGCCGCGCUGCCACAACUCAUCGCGCUUGCCAACCUCCGCCAGCUCGUGGAGCAGCGCCCAUGGGAAGACAACACUUCCAGCCAGGUGCAAGCCGAUGCAGUCCAGGCAGCAAAACUCGAGUACUUACAGUGCCUGCUUCAGUCUGCAGCGGCCAUUGCGACUAGUCCCAGCUCCAGCAGCAUCAACACCAUCCCCACUGACCUGGAGCAGAUUGGCCUCCUGAGUCCUUCACAGAUGUCUUCCUUGUCCUCACUGUCGUCUCCAAGGAUCCUGGAGGGUACCAAUGGCCAAGACUUCAUAACUGGGCAAUUGCCUGACAUCCAGAUACCUAGUAGCUCAUUCUUUGAACAGCCCAUCAUCAAUGGUAGUACCCAGAACUCAGAUUACACUGCGAACAACUGUGCUGGGGAGAAUAGCGCCCACAAACCGCUGUUCCUGUCAGAGAACUCCCUUCCACCGCUUGCUGACUUCCCUAUUUCCAACCUUGGGGAUGCUUGCAGCACCUCAAGCUGUGAUGCUGAUGGCAACAGCGCUCAGCUCCCUAUUUGGUCUGAGUCAUUUUAUGACCAGUUCAUGAGCGAGUUUGCAUGAGUUCUGAUAGCAAGUGUGUGUUACUCUUAAUUUUGUUUUUCCAAGCUUAGCUUCUCACAUCUUACCUCUUGUUUGUGAUGUGAUCUCCAUUUUAGUGUUAUAGCUCCAGUUGGAUUUUUCUUUUUCUGCGCUAUAGAUUUUUACAUGCAUUGGCGAACCAUAUGCUCCUAUACAUAUAUAGUGUUCGCCAAAUCACUUGUACAUACACAUCUACUCCAAUAUAAAUUUUCCACCUUGAA